AUCCACGCGUCUAACCAACGAGGAUCAGACGUCCUGCCUUAAACCAACAUGGCGAACAUUCGGUGUGUCAAGGGUAUGGUGGGUCUGGUAACUGGUGGUGCAUCUGGUCUGGGCCGAGCCACUGUGGAGCGUCUGGUCCAGAGCGGAGCAUCUGCUGUGAUCCUGGACCUGCCCUCCUCUGACGGACCAGCUCUGGCUGCCAGUCUGGGGGAUCGCUGUGCCUUCGCUCCUGCAGAUGUGACAUCGGAGGCAGAUGUGCAGUCGGCUGUGUCUCUGGCCAGAGAGAAGUUUGGGAGGUUGGACCUUGCCGUUAACUGUGCCGGCAUCGCUGUCGCCGCUAAAACCUACAACUUUAACAAGGACCGCCCUCACUCCCUGGAGGACUUCCAGCGUGUGAUCAAUGUGAACAUUGCAGGAACCUUUAAUGUGAUUCGUCUCGCUGUGGGUCAGAUGUGUAAGAACGAGCCUGAUGCAGAUGGACACAGAGGCUGCAUCAUCAACACGGCCAGUGUGGCGGCCUUUGACGGACAGGUCGGCCAGGCAGCAUAUUCGGCUUCUAAAGGCGGCAUCGUUGGAAUGACUCUCCCCAUCGCACGAGAUCUGGCGCCAAUGGGCAUCCGAGUCCUCACCAUAGCUCCCGGUUUGUUCUCCACCCCCCUCCUGGCGAGCCUUCCAGAGAAGGUGCGCUCCUUUCUGGCCCGCCAGGUGCCCUUUCCCUCGCGACUGGGAGACCCCGCAGAGUUUGCCCACUUGGUGACAUCACUGGCUGAGAACCCCAUGAUUAACGGCGAGGUCAUCAGACUGGAUGGAGCCAUUCGCAUGCAGCCCUGAGCGAGCGAGAUAGUGUGUGUGUGUGUGUGUGUGUGUGUGUGACCUUGGAAACAAAAGCCGUUGAUCUUCACCUUCAUCCAAUUAUAAGAACAUUUUUAUGUCUGAGUGUUUGUGACAAACAUCAUUUGAUGAAGUUUAUGUAUAAGAGAGAACGUGUGUAAAAAAUGUCCCGACUGGUUCAGUAGUACUUGCUGCACUCCACUGGUUGUUUUGUAAACUAAUGCAGAUUAAAAUAAACCUCAGACCAGUUUGA